AUGGAACCAGUUCAGAAAAAACAAAAGAUAUGUACGGAAGAUGCGAGCAAGUUACCAGAGGUAUUCUUUUGAUUUUUCAAUUUGCUUUUCCCCUUUUUUCCCUUAAUAUAAAACUUUUAGGAAAAGCAAACUGGUUGGGAUGAUUUGCCGUAUGAAUUAAGAAGAAUAAUUGUUGAAGAGAUGGAAUUCGAAACGAUUUUCAAAUUUGCUCAAUGUUCAAAUCUUUGUUAUUCAGAUGCAAUUCAAUCGCCCAAAUAUAUGCAUGGAAUUGAAAUCAUCACUGAAAAAAGAAAAUUGGUUACUUUCGAAAUUUCACACGCAAAAGAUGGUCGAGAAUGCUCAAUCACUUUCAAAACUUCUGGAACAAACACGAUUGUUUCUUAUUAGUAGGUUGAAUAUAAUGAAUUAUAUUGAAAUAUUAAAAUAAAGCAAAUUUUCAGUCGUCGAGGAUUCAAAGAUCAAAUGUUGUUGAAAUGGCAAGAGACUAAGAAAGGACAGAAAUCGAAAAUAGCUGGAAAGUUCUUGUUCGAUUAUUUGAAUAAAUUCGAGAAGAAUUUGAAAGUGUUCAAAGCCAAAGGGGUAAUAGUUUCAUUACAAUUUCCAUAAAUUUUGAUAUGUUUUAGGAUGAGUUUAUUUUCGAAAAUUUGACUUUGUCGCGUGCUAUUAGAUUGGAAACAUUUGAGUUUCUUGUUGAAGCUCAUCAAAAUAUCAUCAAAAACCGGUUUAUCACUCUUGAUUUGGUGAGUUUUGUUUUUUCUAGAUAGAGACACAUUAUUCAAUAUUAUCAUUUCAGUUAUGUAGAAUUCGCAACUCUGUCAAACUUCAUCUUCCGCUUACAUUCAAGCAAGCGAUUCAAUUGAAAUGCAAGAAACUUUGCCUCAAGCCAAUGUGUUUUUCAUUCGAAGAUUUGAACAAAUUCUUUCAAUUGUGGUCGAAUGGUGAAGUUCAUGAAAAUUUCGCUAAAAUGCAAUUGGUUAGAAAUCCGGAAGUUCCAUACGACUUUGAGAAACUAUUAAUCGAUGUGAAUGCUAUCGAUUUCCAAGAAAAGCGACUCAAAUAGUAAGUUCAACUUUAAAUUCCAAUGCUGAUAAUGAUAAUAAAAAUUUAAGCUACACAUUCAAAUUGGUCAAUUCAAACGAUCAAAACAAAUAUUUGAAAGUUCGUUUAUUGUAUGCCUCGGUUUUGAUGAAAGUUUUCGAUAAAACAUCGGAUUCAGAUGAUCAGCCAUCAAGAGAAUGGUGGGAGGAUGAAUACUUUGACGAAUCAGAUAUUGAAUUCGAAGGAUUCUAA